UUUCUCUGGUCUUCUUGCCGAGUCGAGGAUUGGCUCGGCAGUGCUGCAGCCCGCCCUCCUCCUUCCCACGUCCCCUCCCCGCCAGCUUCGCUCCCUCUCUCCCGUGGCAUCAGGGCGUCAGCCUGGGAGAGCCAGCCUUGGGGGGACAGCCGUGGGAAAAGGGAGGGGGGACAUGCCUCCCGUUUCCCCCCACCUCCAUUCCAGGACGCAGCACCAGUAACCCUCGGAGCAAGUUACAGGGGCCCACGGGGAGUGUCUCGCAACUUUUCGUCCGGAGGACGGGGAAAAAUAACUCUGGCUUGAAAGAGAAUCACGAGUUUCCCUGGCACGGAAGAAUCUGGUUGGGUGAAGGAGAGGGCUCAAAGGGGCACAGUCUUCAGGGAGUCAUACCAGAGGCAGAGGAAAGGAGGAAAAAGGGGAGAUUGGAAGGAGAAAAAACCCAACAGGCCUGCCAGAAACCUGCCAUCCAGGUGGGAAACAAGGGGACCAACUUACUUGCCCUGCCAGUCCACCCCAAGCUCCCAUCAUCACCUGCUGCUUCAUCUGGGACUGGCUUCCACUCUCCCAGCAGUGGCAGAAGACAGAGGAUUAACCCCUAAAGCCCACGGCCAGACACAGCUUCCAGCAGCCUCUGCAGAACCAGGGUUGACCCAGACACCCCCUGGGGACACCUCCGUGCCACCACUGUCCUCACCACUGAGAAGUACCCUCUGAGGGUGAUUUCAUGAGUGCGACAUAGUGCAGAAAAGCAGGAAACCUGCUGGAAGCCAAAGUGACAUGAGCUGUUACCCCAAGAGCAUCUGGGCAGAAGCAAUGGGAAGCUCAGGGAUGUGACAGAUCACCCCAGUGCUGGAAGCCUGUUGAGGGCUGAUUUUUGGGGCUUUUCCAGAGGCAAGGGUGAGGUGAAGGGUGCAACAUGAGCCUGGGGAAGCUGCCAGUGCUCAGCUGGGUGUCAGGCUCCCAUGGCAAGCGGCGGCUGAAGUCGGAGCUGACGCCAGAUAUGAUCAGCCCACCACUGGGGGACUUCCGGCACACCAUGCACGUGGGGCGCGGCGGGGACGUCUUUGGGGACACCUCUUUCCUUAGCAACCACGGCGGGGCUGACACAGCCAAAGCCAACAACUUCUUCACCCGGACGCUGCGGCACGUCCGCCGGACGCCACUGAAGAGACGGGGCAGUGGGGGCCAGGCGGGGGCAUCGCCCGCCCCCCCGGCCAUCUCGCCCAUCAUCAAGAACGCCAUCUCCCUGCCGCAGCUCAACGAGGGGAUGUAUGACGGUGGCGGUGGACGCGGCUUGACCAGCAAAUUCUCCUUCAAAAGUGCAUCCAACAGGUUCUCCAAAACGCACCAGGCCUACGGGCUGGAGUCUGGGUUUUGUACCAUCCCUCGUGUCCCUCGCUUGGAAAAGCCCCAAGAGAGCACCUUUCCUGGGGAAGAUGAGCUGAAUCGCUCGGACUCCCUACUGUCCUUCCGCCUGGACCUGGGGCCCUCCCUCAUGAGCGAGCUCCUCCAGGUGAUGAGCUUCUCUGAAACCAAUGGGAAUGAGGUGGGGGAGGAUGGCCCACACCUCUUGUGUGGUGAGGGGACCAAGGACAGGGUCCCUCCAGCAGUGGGUGCAUCCCACGAAGAGGACAAGUCAACAUCCAGCUUCUGGGACCACUCCAGGCAGAGCAACCUGUCAGGGGCCAGCUCACUGCCAGGUCUGUCAGUCCAUGCCAACGGAGAGGCACAUGCCAUCGAAGGUGCUGGAGCGGACUCUGUGUGGGCUUCGGGGCCAGGGGCAGCGCCCAGAGGGACCCCUUGGCAGGGGCACUGGAACGACUGCACCAUUGAGGCGGGAGAAUUUGACCGAGCAACCCAGGUCCUGGCCCGCCACUACGGUGGGACCAGCACCCCACGGAGCUCAGAGAAGGGCGAGGGUCCCCGGCAGGCCCGGACACAGACCCCGUGGGAGAGCCCCAGCAGCAUCUUGUGGCGGUCACAAGUGACAAGGGAGAGCCAGUCCCCUGAGGCCAGCUGGAACCAAGGAGAGGAGGAGGAGGAGACCAAGCUCUCCAGCUGGCAGGAAAGCUACACUGGUGCCCGAGGUGGGCACAGCAGUUCCUUCGAGUAUGCCAAUGAGGAGGAGGAAGAGGAUGAUGAAGUCAAGGUGUGAAUGGCCACCCCUCCCAUCACAGGCCCCACCAGAGACACUGGUGCUGGGGUCUUCACCCUCCUCCCCGUGCCCCACACUCAGGUGCCAAUGUCACCAGCAGACACAGUGGGUGACCACCUUGCCAAGCUGGGGACACUGGGUGGGCUGGAGAGGGGCAGGAGGAGAGCCUAUCUUGUGGGGGGCUCCCUAGGUCUGGGCCAGGCUGCAGCAAAGGGCUAGUGAGCACUGCAGUGCCAGGCAUCACACCCCUUCUCCAGCCUCACUGCCAUUAGACACCAAAGAGACAUUCCCAUGUGCCAAAGAAACCCCAAACUCCUUUCUACCCUGUCCCAUUUUCCCCAGUACCAUCUCUCCCAACCCUCGGCCUGGCCCCACCAGCACGUCUGUGGACAUACCCCAUCCUCCCCCUGAAGCCCCCAACCACCCCCUGCACUGGCAUGGGUGCCCUCCCAGAAAUAUUCCCACCAAUAGCUCUGGCACGUAGGGGAUGGGGAUCUCCCCAGCUCCAGCUAGUGCAAGACCCUGCAGUAUAGCACAUCUAUCUGCUAGGGGAGGUCAGCUGGGGACCCAAGAGCCAGGCAAAGACCUAAGGUUCCUCUUUUCCCCUUUCUCCCAAAAAGCCGUGUGCUCAGUGUUCAGGAGGUGAGAGCAUGCACAGAGAUAAUUGCAGGAGUCUUUCCACUUGCCUCCUACUGCUGGACAUCACUCAGGAUGGCUUCUUUCCUGACUCCAACCCCUCUCAGCAGGGAGGGAAGAAACUUCUUGGCUAGCUGGAAGCAGAGGCAGGUUGUCAGGUCACCAAAUUCUGCAGUUCAGAUCCUGAAACUCCCUUCCAUUCCCCCUGCCUCAGAACAAGGAGACUCCUCCUCUGAAGCCACUCAAUUUGUGCCACCAUCCUCAUGGUGGUGGCAGGUGGUUUGUGUCUCCAUCCUUGCCCCUCUGCCCAUUCCCCAUGCACACACCCCUCUUCCCAGUACACCCCUUCCCAGGGGUAAGUGUGGACGAUGGAAUGUCCCUCACCAAGUGGCCCCGGGCGACGCAGCCACCCUGGAAUGAGCUGCCCCCCACGCUGCCCCGCGCGCAAACUGGCCCUCACAGAAGCGCCUUUGUGCCAUGGUGUGGAGCCAGCAUGCUCAGGGUCUGAGGUCACCAGAGGGACCCUCACAGGACCCCCCUUGUUCUCUGGGACAGGAGGGGGUGUGCAGCGGGGGAAGAUGCUAGGCCAUGGCUGCAAGACUCUGCUCCCAUGCAGUUCAGCCACCACCCGGCUGCUUUUGGCAGGGAGCUCUUCAGAGCAGAAUAAAGAGCUCCGGUGUGCACACAUAUUGCACGUGCAAGUGCCACUCACAGUCAGGCCACCGAGGCUACGGGCAAGCCCAUGUUCCUCAGCCUCCCUGAGGGGCUGCCUUGCACCAGCCAGCAGCAGCAAAUUGGGGCAGGCACCAGCUUCAAGAAGUCCCCAGCUCUGGCCACUGAUACCCAGCAGGAUCAGCCUUAUCCCUGCUUCCAGGGCGGGGACCCAGGCUCUCAGGACGAGUUCCCCUCCACCCUCUGCUUUCCACACUGUAACACAAGCUCCAGACCAAAGACCCACAUCCAUGGAAUUAUCCUUUCUGCCUCCACUCUGUAUGCCAUGCACUUAUUAUUGUCCUUAUUAAAACAGUUUUGAUACUAA